AAACCCUGCCGAGUGUUGUUUCCCAAGUGCACCAGUCCAUAGGUCAAGAUUGGAAAUAUGAAUCUCUACAUUGUCCUUGUGGUGGUAUCGGUGUUCCUAAACCUGAUCCAAGCAGCGCCGAGUGUGGAUUUUCCCAACGACGAAUUGAUGGAUGGAAAAUAUUUAUGUGAAGCUGGUUUGAAGAAGUACGAUGGACCCUUCAUAGUUAGAUUGAUAUCCGCUGCCAAUGGACAAACGGUGGUGUGCUACGAGUGCGGCCAGUCGGAUUUCAAGGCAAAGUUCAGCGCAAAACCCUGCGGAGAUCGGUUUUCGGCCGGAAAGAUUGGGACAGGCCACCACCGGGACGUGGUUCCCUACCUGGUGAGGAUGGACCCCGUGUACAAGGACACUUGGGGCAGUAAGCUGAAAAGGAACUUCGAUGAGAUCGACAAGGCCUCCGCCAGCUUCAGCAUUCUCAACCAACUGGUCUAGAGACACCCUCUCAGGCCAUUUUAAAUGCUCACGGAUAUGGAUACCGACCGAACCGCGAAUAUACUCUUAAAUGCUUCAUGUCAAGGGAUUAUAAAAAGCAGAAAUAAACAGUGUGCAUCCUCAUAACUGGUACGAUUGAAACGAG